AUGGGUACCCUAAUAUUCAAUAACUCGAUUAUGAUUAACCCAUUAUUUACGAAAACUAGCAAGGUUAAAAUUGGAGAAAUUGGUAUCCCGUACCUUAAAUUUCAAUAUAACUGCUUUCAGCAAUGUCAAGCUCGAAUUGCCGCAAUUCCAACAUUGUUUUCUUACUCCAGUCCACAGAGCGACGGCAGUGAAGAUCCACAGAAUUCUCUUCAAGACCUUAGGGUUCCGAACCAUUGGUGUGACCCCUCCAAAGCGUCAGAGGAAUCUGAAUGGCUAAGAGUGACUUUGCACAAAUGGUUAGACGAUGAGUAUUGCCCAGAGCCAACUAAUGUUGAGAUAAGCAACAUUGCUGCCACCUCGUACUACAAAUCACUGGUCGAAAAACAAACCGAUCUGGGAGAGAUUUUGUUAAAAAUGGCAGUAGAAUUGGAAUCUAUAUCCUAUCAAGAGAGCUUCCAUGGAGCAUUUUCCUCGGCAAAUGCAGCAGUGAAUCUUAUUAUUCAGCGGAUAGCGCUGGAGUAG